CACAGGUGUGGAAUCCAAGCCGGUGACUUCGAUUCCCGCUUUGCCACCCUGGACAAGGGCUGUCUCUCUGAGCACCCAGCGCCUAAGUGCGUUCACCGGGAACGGAGUGGGGCCGGUGGGAGCCGCGGGCAGAGACCAGCGGCGGCUCUCUCGUCCCGUCUCCGCGAGUCGCCCCCGGCCCCGCGCUUGGGCGCGAUCCCCCGCCCGCCUUCCCGCCCCGCUCCACUCCCACCGCUCCUCGGCCCUCCUCCUUCCUUCCUGCCUCUCCCUCCUCCGUCCCCCGCCUCUAGGCAAGACCUCUCCGCGCACCCGAUUGCCUCUCUCGAUCCUCUCCAGACCCUCGGGGACUCUAGGUCUCUCACCGCUCCGUCUGCGCCCAUCUGUGGGCCUCUCCGUCUCUGUGUCAGUCUCUGUCUCUCUGUUUAUCUGUGCUCUCUGUGUGUCUCUUUCUCGGGCUCAUUGCUGUCUCCGUCCGUCAGUCCGUCAGGCCGUCUGGGGGCCCGGGGUGGCGGCUGGCCGCGCGCGGGUCGCGAUGAGCGGCGCCUGCACGAGCUACGUGAGCGCGGAGCAGGAGGUGGUGCGUGGCUUCAGCUGCCCGCGACCGGGGGGCGACGCGGCCGCCGUCUUCUGCUGCGGCUUCCGCGACCACAAGUACUGCUGCGACGACCCGCACAGCUUCUUCCCCUACGAGCACAGCUACAUGUGGUGGCUCAGCAUUGGUGCUCUUGUGGGCCUGUCCAUAGCAGCAGUGGUCCUCCUGGCCUUCAUUGUCACUGCCUCUGUGCUUUGUUACCUGUUCAUCAGCUCAAAACCCCACACAAAGCUGGACCCAGGCUUAAACUUACAGACUACAGACCCUGAUGAGGUACCCCCUGAUUGCCAAGGUGGAAACAUGGGCAACUUGGUGGAGGUGCCAGGAGUGAGCCCUCUCAGGCAGAGUCACCCCUUCCUGAACUCAUGGCUGGACUGCAAUGAGGAGCAGGCUAAGGAUCCCAAACUCCCCCUCCAGCACUGCUUCAUGGCUACAGUGACCGCCGGUGACCUUCCAGGGAGCCCUGAGGAGGCUCCUGUCCCCAAUCCAUUAUACCCAGCCCCAUAAACAUCCAAUAAAUGUCUAUACACC